AUGCCGCCUAAGCCGUCGCCGACGCACUUCCUGUGCGUGCCGCUCGCCGGUGCGCAGCUGGCCAGGAGCCUAUCGUUGUUCCGGGAGGAUGUCACCAGCGUCAUGAGCUUCGCCGUGCCGCAGGAGGCUGUCCGGCCACUGGGCACGCUGCAUCUCACGCUAGGGGUUAUGAGUUUGAAGGAGGACGGCGUUGAGCAGGCGUCCGAGUUGCUAAGAAGCCUACGACCCAGGGAGAUGCUUGCCAAGAUUAGGGCGUCAGUUCCAUUGACUUCGACAGCUCAGGCGGGAAAGCUGGCUAACCAAGGUGAGGCAACGUCUGGAGAUGGAGGUCUCUUUAUCACUCUGCAGGGACUACAGGCGAUGGAGAGUCCCUUAAAGACAUCCGUCUUGUACGCACCUCCGGUUGACAAUGAUGGCAUCCUCUACCGCUUUUGUCAGCAACUUAAGACGACGUUCCAGGAAGCUGGCCUCAUGAUGGAAGGGAACAGACCGCUUCUCCUGCACGCCAGCAUCAUCAACACCAUCCACGUCAAAGCCGCGCGGGGAGGCGGACGACGUCGCGAGAAGCUGACACUCGACGCGCGGGACAUUAUCAGCCGGUACGACGACUACGUCUGGAUCGAGGACAUGCCCGUGGAGCGGGUGACCUUGUGCCGUAUGGGCGCGAAGAAAAUCGAGGGCUCAGAGGAUGACGAGGCCUACGAGGUGGAGGCCGAGGUUGCGCUUUAG